AUGAAACCUAAUGUUGAUCUCUUGUAUUUACUCAUCAACGUAAGACAUGCAAGAAUAGACCCUGCUACCCUGAUCCGAGAUUUCGCCAGUAAGUCUGACCGUAGGAAACCAGCUCCUCCGUUUAAAACACAACCAACACCACAGGUACAGCGUGGUCGUCCGGUACAGUUUCCCUGGAUUCCAAAAGCAGACACAAAAAAGAAAUACAAGUGUGAAGUAUGUGGGAAACAGUUUGCACAACAACAGCACUACCUCGGACACACCAAUGUUCAUUUUGGUCGUCGACCAUUCAAGUGUAAAAUCUGCUCUGUAGGAUUUCCAUAUCAGUCACAGCUGGCUGCUCACAGGAAGUCGUGCAAAGAACCUGGUGAAAGUUCAUUAGCAACAAACACAAGCACCUGUAAGAUCUGCUCUAAAUCCUUCACUGAGCAUUUCAAACUGGUACGCCACAUGGUUCAAGUCCACCACAGCCAGAACCUUAUGUCCUUUAAAGAAUUUGUCUGUGCCUGUGGAGCAAAGUUUGACUGGCAUGCUGCCUACAAAUCUCACUGCAGUUCAUGUCCGAAAAGUUCACCUCUGGACAAGUCUUAAGUGGGACAAUAUUCUUGUAUGGGGGCAAGAAACAGAAACCCAGUCAGACCUGGAUAUUUAACAGAAACGGGAGGAUGGGACAACACUGCCCAAAAUUUAUUGGAUAAUAAGUAUAAUUGGAAGGACUAUUCUCAACCAGAAGCUGCCCCUGUACAAACUUUUGGACAGGUUUCACAGGGAAACUCAACAUCACUACAGACAGGAGAUAACAUACAACCUGUCCAGUUGCAAAAAGAGCCUCCAGGGUCACAGUUAAAAAAUAUGUUGACUUCUUCACCGCAUGCAGGAAAUGUGUUAGUGAAAGGAUCACUGAAGGGAAACACAUUAUCAAAAUUCCAGUGUUCUGGCAACGUGUCUACAAUAUCCAAGGCACCAUAUACAGGAUAUGUUCGUGCUAAAACACACACAGUUACAAAGUCAUCAUGUGCAUAUUCUAGAAGUAUUUUUCCUAAAACUAGUUUAGGAGAAAAUCCAACAGACAGUGAUUCUUAUAAAUGUAGAAUUUGUGCAAAAGUGUUUAAUUCUUUCAAAGCCAUGAAUAGACAUUUAAGAGUACAUGACCAACACCGUUGUAAGCAGUGUAACCAAGGCUUUAAGAGUGACUUGCUUUUACAGAAACAUAACACUGACCAUCAUACAUUUAAGUUUCCUUGUGCCUCAUGUGGCAAACUCUUUGGACGCAAGUUCACACUCAAACGACAUGAAAUGUAUACCUGUAAAGUUUCAACAGGAUGAUAGUGUGACGGAUGUUUUAUAGGUCUCUUGCAUUUUGUCUACCUCUGUGAUCCCUUCAGUAGCAUAGAGUAUCUGUCCAAUAUGAAGUUUUAUUACAGUACAGCAAAUCUGUCUUUGAUAAAUAUCAGUCAUGACUGCAGAAGUAGGACCUAUCACAAUUACAACUUAUUUACUAAUGCAGUUAGGAAGCUGUAGAUUAAUUGAAACACAUCUUUGUGGUAGUAACAUUACAUUGUAAUGUUAUACUUGUCAAAUAAGGGUACAUGUAUGUAGAUAAUUAUUCGUAGCUUUUAUUAUAAAUGUGUUCAAGACUGAGCAGAUAUUUCACAACUUUUUUUCUUUAAGAUCAUUUCUUGCCGUGUUAUUUUAUCGGUGUGUUUAAUUAUUAGUAUUUAUUGUUUUUUUUCUCAGGAAGAAUUUUAAUUGCAGACCUUUUAUGCUGUUAGCUUACAAACUAUACAGUUAAACCUAGGAACUAUGUUACAGAUCCUGACUGUAUUGUGAGUCCCACUAGUUGUACCAGAUGUAAACUAUUAUUGUUAGAUCUAUAUAUGAAGUUCUAGUCUACUAAUAAUUAUUGUGAUUUAUGUUAAUUAUUUUUAAUAAGUACGCGCAUGACUAUCUCAACACAAUUGGUUAAAAUGCAUUUACAAGCUGUACAACAAUGGCUUUCAGACUUUAAUUGUGAUGUCACAUACUAAAUAAUGAUCCAAUGUUACAA